CGCAGCCGGGCUGACCUGGAGCCCUUUAGUCGAAGUCGGAGGGGGUUUAGUUGGCCAAUGCCAUGGACGCCCUCAAUGCAGAGAGGUCAAAGCUGGUUCAGCGGCAGAAGCAGCAGCGCCAGGAGAUCGAAAAGAAGAUUAAGAAGCUGAAGGGCGCCAUGAAGGAAGCCGCGCAAAAGGAGUUGGAAGCCCUCGAGACGCAGCACGAGGCGGAGCUCGCGGACUUCAACAAGGGCAGCGCCGCGGGCAAAGCGGAGGCUGAGAGCAAGGAUGAAGAGCCUGCAUCUGCAUCCGCAUCUGCAGCGGAGGAUGCCAAGAAGUUUCGGGAUCGCAAUUGGAGCGGACUUUCCAAGAAAGAGCUCGAAGAUGAAUGCGUCGCUCGAGGACUUGGAAAGAAGGGCUCCAAAGAAGAUCUGGUGCAAAAGCUCAUCAUCUUCCAGCAGGAGUUGUCGACUCGGGUGGCCAACGAGGCUAAGUCGGGGCCAAAAGGCGGCUACGCAGCAGCGGAAGCAAAGGCUGCCGCGGCUCCAGCUGAUGACGACGACGACGAAGAAGAUGAUGAUGACGAGGACGAUGACGACGACGAUGAGGACGAUGACGAGGAGGAGGAUGAGCAGGAGGUAGACCAAGAGGAGAUGGAGAAGCAGGGCAAGCGCGAAAAGGUGAUGCAAAAGGCGAUCCGCCUCGUGCUGAAAGAGAAGUGCCCGGACGGCUUUCCUUUGAGCGAGCUGGUCCAGAAGCUGGAGUCCGUGAACGUCCGGGGCUUCGCGCCGGAGAAAUGCGGCUACAAGACAGUGGAGAAGUUCGUGAAAGGGCAGCCAGAAGCAGUUCUGAGGUAUCGCAAGGCGGAUCAGAUGGUGCUGCCGCCGAGGAGCCAGCCUAAGCAACGCACGACUGUGAGAAUACCCGAAACGAUAACUGAGUGACGACAGUGGCCAUUGAAAUUGAACAAGUGUUUGCUUGCGGCGCGCUACAGGUCCUGUCCCUUAUUAGUUGUUGUUUGUGUC